AUGUCUGCCGCCACAGCAACAGCACUCGCAAACCGCUCCAUCAGGACAAUCCGAGCUGAGCUCGAAUUCCUCGCCGACACCGCCAUCAUCUCCCCCAGCGCCCUCUCCCAGAUCCUCUCCAUCCUCCCCGCCGAAUCCACCACCCGCUGCCCGCCCACCCCCGCCGCAGGGCCCGCCCCCAAAUCCACCACCCCCGCCGUCUCCUACCCAACCUUCUCCCCGCCGCCGCAACCCCAGCAGCAGCAGCAGCACCUCCCCAUCGCCCCCUCCGCACCCCCCUCCUACACCCCGACACCGCUCGUGCUCUCCCUCGCCGAGGCCCAGUGGGCAUUCAACGGCACCGAGGCCGGCGACCUGAGUUUCGAGGCGGGCGCCAAGCUCGAGGUGCUCGAGAAGGUCAAGGACGACUGGUGGAAGGGCCGUGUCGUCGGCGGCGACGGCACCGCCGGUCUCUUCCCCAGCGCCUACGUGCGCGAGACACAGGUGCUGGCCACUGCCCCUUCUGGCGACGUGAAGAAGCCCGCGCUGCCUAGCCUGCCGCCGAGGGGAUACGGCGGGUAUGGCCCCGGCGGGAACAUGAUGACGGAUGUGGCGCACGGGCCCAGCCAGAGCACAAGUGUGUUUGAGCAGCAGCAGCAGGAGGAGAAGAAGCCCAUCCUGGGCAAGAAUGGGGAGAAGUUUGGCAAGAAGCUUGGGAAUGCGGCCAUCUUUGGUGCCGGUGCUACAAUCGGUGGCAAGAUUGUCAAUGGUAUCUUCUAA